AUGGGCCGCCUUCCCACCACCGACGACUUUCCCCCCAAGGUCCACGUUAACAUUGUCCCUCCCCCAUCCAGCGAUGCCCCCACCAACAUUCUCAUCCUCCUCCACGGCCUCGGAGACACCAACGCCUCCUUCACCCAGCUAGCCUCCCAAAUGCAACUCCCAGAAACCUGCUGCAUUUCCCUCCGCGGUCCUCAACCCCUCCUCGACCUCGGCGGGUUCCAUUUCGGCGACGACAUCCUCUUCUCCACCACUUCCCCCCAUGGCAGCGACAGCGACGGUGGAGGCAUUGACAUGGAUAGCGGAUUCAGCCAAAUUUCCUCUUUAAUCUCCCUCAUUAUCCACGAAGUCCUCAUUACAAAAUGUCAAUUCCGCCUUCGAGAGAUUUUUCUUUUUGGGUUUGGUCAAGGUGGAAUGGCUGCGCUGAGUACCGCUGUUGCUAUCGAUGGAGCACAUGUGGCUAAAGACCCGCUGCUGGUGGAAUUGGGAGGUGUGAUUAGUAUUGGAGCGGGUCUUGCGGCGGAAACUCCGGCGGAGUUGGAUCCGAAGUGUAGGACGCCCGUCUUGGUGUGUGCGGGCUCGGCGGAUGGGGGAUCGGUGGUGACGAGGGGAACGGAGGAGAAGUUGCGGAGGGUGUUUGGGUUUGUGGAGGUGAGGAGGUGGAGGAGGGCGGGGGAUGGGAUGCCUCGGGACCGGGAGGAGAUGUUGCCGAUUAUGCAAUUUUUUGCAAGGAGGUUGAGGAGUGUCAAGGGGGUGCCGAAGGGGGCUGUGGAGUUGUCUUGA